AUGGCCAACAACCAACACAAGACCAACUGCCAAAUCAGAGACCGCCGACCGCUCGAACCCAACAUUUGGCUUGAGGCAACCAUUUGCCUCCACCCCCGCCACCAUCUACUCAACCCCCACCAGCUUCAGCCUACUACAACCAGCACAGGCAAGGGCAACACCACCCGUACUAUCGUCAGGGCGGCUUCCAGCACCAACAGCAGUACCCCCAGCAAAUUGUUCCGAACUACGAACAACACCAUCAAGCACAAGUGGCCCAGACACAUGAGCCACAGCAGCGACGUUCCCACCCCUCCCCGCGAGGAAACUGGAGAGGAUAUGGGAGGAAUCACAGGGAUCCGACAACGAGAUUACUACAGGUUGGGGAUUAUCUGA